CUAAGGAUAAUAAAUUAGCACAGGCUGUUGUCAGGCUGUGUAAGUGUCUGGCACUAAGACCCAGCUGCUCCCUCCUCCAUGCAGCAGCACUCUGCCGCUACGAGAGGAGGACCAGAAAUCUGCAGCUCACAGAAUGAAGAGAUCAAAAUGAUGCUGUCUGUAAAAAGGGAUUAAACUCUGGGCGCCACCUCGCAACUAUCGGCUGCUGGUGGAUAAAACAGAUUUGCCACCGGGGGUUGAGAAAGGAGACAUGCCGUCGCUGAGCAUCCAUUGCGACGCUUGACUGACCAUGAUGAAGACCGAAUCCACAUCCAAGAGCACCGGCUCUGGCUCUACGCUCAGGAGCCCAUCCCCGCACAGGAACGCGUACGAGGCGGGGAUGCAGGCCCUGAAGCCCGUCAAAGACAAUGCUGCGAAUGGGGACAUGCAGGAGGGCCCCCGAGGGCGCAGGUACGGCUCCAACGUGCACCGUAUCAAAAACAUGUUCCAGCAGAUGCAGACCACAUCCCCAGCCGAUGCAGAGGGAGAGGACGCCACCAGGAACGCCGACAAAUCGGUGCGCCUCUCCCUCCCCAGAGCCGGGAGCCUGAACGAGAACGUGGACCACAGCGCGCUGUUGAAGCUCGGGUCCACCGUGUCUGAGCGCGUCAGCAAGUUCGACACCAAACCAGAAAACGGGCACCAGCGGGCCUCGUCGCCAAGCUACUCCAAGCUGCAGGAGACACGCCGCAUCUUCGAGCAGCAGCAAGAGAAGCAACAGCAGGAGAAGCUGGCCACCACCAGAGUCCUACUGAAGACAGACAAGGCCUCAGGCUUCCAGGAUGGCCGGUUGGACGUGGUGGCUCGUUUCAAUGGCAGCACAGAGUCCCUGGACAGCCUGGACACCAGUGAGGCUGUGUCCCCUACAGUCAGCCAGCUCAGUGCUGUGUUUGAACGGGCAGCCGAGCUCCGGAACAACCUCCACCGCCUCUCCUCUACCCCACCGCUCCCCGCUCGAGGGGUCAGCGCCAAGGUGGGUGUGUUGAACUCCAAAAUAAUCACAAAGAGGGUUAGUGCCUUUGUAGCAGGCAGCCAGGAGGAAGAGCUAAGCUUUCAGAAAGGCCAAGAGGGCCCCAGGGGGAGGGUGACUCCCCCAUCUGAAAGUAUAAAUGGGGGCCAAAGCGCCCUAACUACUGAACUUUCCAGUAAUGUAGGAGAGCCAAAUGAGCAGAGAGGAAAGACUGUUUCAGAUGCAGGUGUUAAGGCCAAAGCUGAGCUCAAACCUGAGGAACACCCCGGGGCCAGUGAGCCUAGCAGCACAUCACUGCAAGGUGACAUCCACAUUUCUGUGGAGAAUGGAGAAGCUGCUGCUCAGAAGCAAAGCUCUCUAAAGGGAGGUGAGAUGGCAAGGGAUGCUGAGGAGGACGACGACAGGACUCUGAGAGACGACCAGUCGGGCCGAGACUCUGUGGAUAUCAGUACCUACAGCGCAGUGGGGGAGGACUUUGGAGGAAGCCAGGUGGACGAAGAGGAAGAUGACGGCGAUGACCGCUACGAGCCUGAGUCCAGCUGUGUGGAGAUUGCUGGGCUGCCUGCUGAGGAGAGCCCGCCUGCUUCCAGGAAGAUCCGCUUCAGCAUGGAUCCCAUCAAGGUGUUUGCCACCUACCCCAACGAGGAUUACGACAGGCGUAAUGAAGACGUGGAUCCCAUGGCAGCAUCUGCAGAGUACGAGCUGGAGAAGAGGGUGGAGAGGCUGGACCUGUUCCCCGUGGAGCUGGAGAAAGAUGGCGAUGGCCUGGGCAUCAGUAUCAUCGGGAUGGGUGCAGGGGCUGACAUGGGCCUGGAGAAGUUGGGCAUCUUCGUUAAGACAGUCACAGACGGAGGAGCGGCACACAGGGAUGGCAGGAUCCAGGUGAACGAUCUGAUUGUGGAGGUGGACGGCACCAGUUUGGUGGGAGUCACCCAGAGCUUUGCCGCCUCUGUACUCAGGAACACCUCAGGAACUGUCAAGUUUGUGAUCGGGCGAGAGAAGCCGGGUGAACAGAGUGAAGUGGCCCAGCUCAUCCAGCAGACCCUGGAGCAGGAACGUUGGCAGAGGGAGAUGAUGGAGCAGCGCUACAACCAGUACAUGGAUGAACAAGAGGGUGCUGAAUAUGGCACAGAUGAAGAAGAAGAUGAGGAUGAGGAGGUCAGUCCGCCGUAUCCCAGCGCCAUCGAAGUGUUUGACUUGGCAGAGAACGAGGACAUGUCGCCUCUGGAGACAGACCCUGAGAAACUGGCCCAUAAAUACAAAGAGCUCCAAAUAAAGCAUGCUGUGACCCAGGCUGAGAUCCAACAGCUGAAAAGAAAGCUGCACCAUGCGGAGCAGGAGAAGCAGCGCUGGCGUAUGGAUAAGGCUCAGCUGGAACAGACCCUGCACGAGAACAAGGAGCGCAUGGAGAAGCUGGAGGGCUACUGGAUGGAGGCUCAGAGCCUGUGUCAGGCGGUGGACGAGCACCUGAAGGAGACGCAAGCCCAGUAUCAGGCCCUGGAGCGCAAGUACAGCAAAGCCAAACGCCUGAUCAAGGAAUAUCAGCAGAAGGAGAUUGAGUACCUGAAGAAGGAGACCCAGCGUUGUGCACAAGUUGGGGCUGAGGCCUCCCUUCUCAAAGAGGAGUCUGGACAACUCCAAGAACAGGUGGCUGAUCUGGAGUGCAGGGUCGAGGAGCUGAAAUCGGAACCUUUAUAAAAAAAAAAGAAAAGAAAAAAAAAAGCCUUUUUUCUGUUUCGCAUCUCAGAAAGCAGAACUUCGCCAGAUGAAGUAGAAGAUAGUGUUAUUGUACUUGGAAUGAACUGCAGGGUAUUUCUUGAUUCCAACCUGAGCUUGGUUUCCGGUCGCAUACUGUAUAUGUGUCCUCAGGCUUUGUAUUUCAGCCACUUAACCCUUUUAACCAUGUUUUUCUGUUAACAUUUACGGGAACGUGAAGAACGGUUUUAUCAUCACAAACACAGACUCUGUUGAGCUCUAGAUGUACUGUUCCUUUUUUAACUUUCAGAGUUCAGUAUUUAAUCCCUUAAUUUGUGGUUUUGUGACAGACCUGGCUGUUGCUUUUAAUUGCCAAAAAACAAAUUCCUCUCUUUCUUUUGCCUAGUUUUGUGACCUUUUUUUUUUCCCGAGUUUGUACAGACGUGAUACUGUGUGGUUUAACAAUCAGUUUGGUUUGUAAAAAUUUUUAUUAUGUGUAUAACAUUUAACAUAAUAUAAACUAAUGAGAUUGAGGGUUGUUGUAUAUUUUAUGUGAUGAAGAUGUGUAAAUUGGACGGAGAUUGCACUGAAGAAGACAUCACACAAGGUGCUUCACUGGAACAGAGGACUAGACGGGAAUGAGUCUUUGAAGGUGUCUUUGAAAUUGUACAAAACAGUUACCCAACCUUCGUAGGGGUCUUGUCACUUAACCUUGAGAACCACCUGCUGCCUACCUUUCAGAAGUGUUUGUGUAUUUUUUACACAUUAAGACUCAUUAAUGAGUAACCAAUCCUUCGGUUUCAACCCCUCGCUUCUUUCAAAAAAAACAACAAAAAAAAAACCACAGAGACAAGCCUCCACAACUGCUGUGCCACAAAAUGAAAAUGGAUCUUUUUUUUCUUUUUUUUUUUCCCCCUCAAAAUGGAUGUUGUCAAGGACUUGUGUAACUGGUAUUAGUUAGGACUACUGAUAUAAGAAACAUUAGUGGACUUGGGAUGUUAAAGAAGUCGUUACCAGCAGCAAAGUUACAGAUUUAAAAAGCUUGUCUCUAACCAGCAGCUGCACUUGACACCGCUGUGUGUAGCACAUGGAAAAACACUGCCAGGUUUCUACCUGUUUCAAUUUACGCACAGUUUAAAAUAAAAUUGAGUCUACUUGUGUCAACUGUCAUACCAGUAUGUUUGUAUAGUUCAGGUAAGACUGAAAUAUUUUACUUAAUAUUUAUAAUAUAGUCAAGGUGGAAAUAUGAGCUAACAAGGACAAAAACUGACAAAAUCAAUGCAAAAAGCAACGUUCAAUAGACAAAGUUAUACUGUGUCAUGUAAAAAAAAUAAAGUAGUAGAUCUGGAUGACAUUGAAAAAAACAGGCAUGGUUAUGAGUAUUUUCAUAAUAUUAAGGCUUGUACAGUGCACAUGCUUUGCAUUGUAUGUUUUGUGGAAUAAAUGGUCAACAGUGA